AUGGUUAACUUCACAGUAGACCAGAUUCGGGCCCUGAUGGACAAGCCCACGAACAUUCGUAACAUGAGUGUUAUCGCCCAUGUCGAUCACGGCAAGUCCACUCUCACAGACUCACUGGUUUCGAAAGCCGGUAUCAUCGCUUCAGCAAAAGCUGGAGAUAUGCGAUUUACCGAUACAAGAGAUGAUGAAAAGGAACGUGGUAUUACUAUUAAAUCAACGGCUAUAUCUAUGUACUUCGAGGUCGACAAGGACGAACUGCCGGCUAUCAAGCAAAAAACAGAGGGCAAUGAGUUUUUGAUUAACUUGAUCGAUUCGCCGGGUCACGUUGAUUUCUCAUCAGAAGUUACCGCAGCUCUCCGUGUCACUGACGGUGCCUUGGUUGUCGUGGAUUGUAUUGAAGGAGUUUGUGUACAAACCGAGACCGUGCUUCGUCAAGCGCUUACGGAACGUAUCAAACCCGUCGUUAUCAUCAACAAAGUCGAUCGUGCUUUAUUGGAACUGCAAGUAUCAAAGGAGGACCUUUUCCAGUCCUUCCAGCGUACCAUCGAAACUGUCAACGUCAUCAUCUCAACUUACCACGAUGUUGCACUCGGUGAUGUCCAAGUUUACCCUGAGAAGGGUACAGUUGCUUUCGGUUCUGGUCUUCAUGGGUGGGGAUUUACUCUCCGCCAAUUUGCCGCUCGCUAUUCCAAGAAGUUUGGUGUUGACAAAGAAAAAAUGAUGGCCAAGCUUUGGGGAGACAACUUCUUCAACCCUACUACUCGCAAAUGGUCAACGAAAUCUGCCGAUGCUGACGGCAAGCCCCUUGAGCGUGCCUUCAAUAUGUUUGUCCUUGACCCUAUCUUCAAAAUCUUCGACGCCGUCAUGAACUUCAAGAAGGACGCAAUUGCACCUAUGUGCGAAAAGCUAGACAUCAAGCUGGCACAAGACGAGCGAGACCUUGAGGGAAAAGCUUUACUCAAAGUCAUGAUGCGCAAAUUCUUGCCUGCUGGUGAUUCCCUCUUGGAGAUGAUAGUCAUUAACCUUCCCUCUCCUGCCACUGCUCAGCGGUACCGUGUUGAAACCCUUUACGAGGGUCCUAUGGACGACGAGUCCGCCAUCGGCAUCAGAGAUUGUGACCCGAAAGGUCCUCUUGUUCUUUAUGUCUCAAAGAUGGUUCCCACUUCUGAUAAGGGGCGAUUCUAUGCUUUUGGUCGUGUCUUCUCUGGGACAGUCCGCUCUGGACCAAAAAUACGCAUUCAAGGACCUAAUUAUGUCCCUGGAAAGAAGGAUGACUUGUUUAUAAAGUCUGUUCAGCGCACGAUCUUAAUGAUGGGUCGUUACAUUGAGCCUAUAGAAGAUUGUCCCGCCGGUAACAUUGUCGGUCUUGUCGGUAUCGACCAGUUCUUGUUGAAGAGUGGAACUCUUACUAGCUCCGAGACCGCUCACAAUAUGAAGGUCAUGAAGUUUUCCGUCUCUCCUGUCGUCCAAGUUGCUGUUGAGGUCAAGAAUGCAGCUGAUCUUCCUAAACUUGUUGAAGGUCUGAAGCGUCUGUCGAAGUCUGACCCAUGUGUCCAGGCUUGGAUCUCUCCCACUGGGGAACACAUCGUUGCUGGUGCUGGUGAAUUGCACUUGGAGAUUUGUUUGAAGGAUCUUCAAGAAGACCACGCUGGUGUGCCUCUUAAGAUCUCUGACCCCGUCGUUGGUUAUCGUGAAACUGUGAAAGCCGAGUCGACUAUCGUCGCCUUGUCCAAGUCGCAGAACAAGCACAAUCGUUUGUAUUGCAAGGCUAUGCCCAUCGAUGAAGAGCUCACGAAAGCCAUUGAAUCCGGCCACGUUAGCUCCCGUGACGAUUUUAAGGCUCGCGCUCGCGUCCUUGCUGAUGAGUACGGUUGGGAUGUCACUGAUGCUAGAAAGAUUUGGUGUUUCGGUCCGGAUACCACUGGUCCUAAUUUGCUCGUUGAUGUCACCAAGGGUGUGCAAUACUUGAACGAAAUCAAAGACUCUUGUGUUGCUGCAUUUCAGUGGGCGACCAAGGAAGGUGUUUGUGCAGAAGAGAACAUGCGUGGUGUCCGUCUCAAUGUUUUGGAUGUUACGCUACACACCGAUGCUAUCCACCGUGGUGGUGGACAAAUUAUCCCCACUUGCCGUCGUGUCUGCUAUGCUGCUUGCUUGCUCGCCACCCCUGGAUUGCAAGAGCCUGUAUACCUUGUUGAAAUUCAAUGUCCCGAAAAUGCUAUUGGUGGCAUUUAUAGUGUUCUCAACAAACGUCGUGGACAGGUCUUCAGUGAAGAGCAAAGGCCAGGAACCCCUAUGUUCACCGUCAAAGCUUAUCUACCUGUUAUGGAGUCCUUCGGCUUCAAUAGCGAUCUUCGUUCACAAACAGCUGGUCAGGCCUUCCCUCAGAAUGUGUUCGAUCACUGGGACUUGAUGAAUGGAUCUCCUCUCGAAAAAGGUAGUAAGCUCGAAGAAGUUGUUAGGGGUAUUCGUGUCCGCAAGGGUCUCAAGCCCGAUAUCCCCCCUCUGGAUACUUACUACGACAAGCUGUAA